AUAGUGUCCUUAUUUGUAUAAUACAUGCUUGAUAGAUUAUUAUCUUCGUCAUAGAAGAUUAAUCUUACCUUAGCAGAACUUCCGUUUUAGAAGAAAAAACUUGGCUAUUCUUAAAAAAGGUUACUCCUUAUAUAAAUGGACAAUUAUUACAAAUUAUAUCGUGUAUAAUAAACACAUGUUCGACAUUAAAAAAAUUCAUAAACGCUUCAUCGUAGUGAGACGCUUGACUUUAUAAGUUAUUGAGAUACUAGGAGCACCAGAAAGUGAAGUGGAUAUAAGAAAUGGGACAACAACAAGGCAAAAUGCGACAAAAAAGACUCAAGGGACCGCUGUUGAAAGAAUUACAAAGGAAAGUUCCUGAUAUGAAAUUAGAGGAAAUACAACAAGCAUAUGUAGAUUUUAGACGAGAAACAAAAGGAAAAGAUGCUUUAAAGCGUGCUGAUUUCAUACGUGUUUAUAAAGAUGCUUUCGGGGACAAGGUUAAAAGUUUAGCUAAUAGUAUUUUUGACGCUUUUGAUGAAGAUGGGAAUGGGACGGUCGACUUUGAGGAAUUUCUUAUCGGACUCAGUAUCACUGAAAUGACGGCUAAUACAGACAAUGCUGCCAAAAUGAAAAAGUUGAGAUGGGCAUUUAAUGUUUAUGAUAAAGACCGAAGUGGAACGAUUGAUAGGAGAGAGAUGCGACAGAUAGUUAAAGCCGUGGCUGAUGUGUCAGUGUUACCAGAUGAGGCAGUUAAACACAACGAGACACCAAUAAAGUUCGCUGACAGGCUGUUUAAUGAAAUUGAUGUAAAUGGAGACGGGGAAAUUACCUUUGAUGAAUUUGAAACGGCUGCCGAACAAAAUUCGGCGUUAAUCGAAAUGCUAUUACCUGUACCGGAGUGUGGACUUUAGUUGUGUAAAUAGUAGAAAAGUUACUUGUGCAAUGUUUUUUGAUAAGUCAUAUUCAUUGAAGGGGAUUUAUGAACAUAUUAUGAUUAGAAAGGAAACUGAGACAUUCGCGAUUGUCGUGUACACAUAACAAAUAUAAUUGACAGACGUUCCGGUGUUUUUUAUCUCGCGAAUUGAUAGUGUUCAUUAAAAUUACAUGUUCGCCCGAUGAAAAGUUUAAAAAUGCUUUAUCCAAAAAUAUAUCUGUAAAUAUUGCA